UUCAUCUAAAAUAAAAACGUUUGUCAAAAAGUCAUAAGUCAUAAAAAUGACAUCUUUGUUUUCAUAAUUCAAAAUGACAAAAUGUUUAUUUAUCCAGGUUGUGUUUUCACUCAAACCUUCAAGGUCGAUCUUUUUCAUCAUUCUGUCAAAUUGAAUCGAUAAAGUAGGUCUUGUCAAAGUAAUAAAAAAUACAUAAUAGUCACCAAUGUUUGUUACGAGGUCAGCAAUUAUUCGAGGUAUUGCUGCAUUUAAUAAGCAACCUUCCAACCGAUCGCUGCACGCCACUUCGUUAGCCAUGGCACCUAUACAGGUUGGUGAUCCGCUACCAUCUCUGGACUUGUUUGAAGACUCGCCGGCAAAUAAAGUUAACAUUAGCGACUUGACUGCCGGUAAGAAAGUGGUGCUGUUCGCUGUACCCGGCGCCUUUACCCCCGGCUGCUCCAAGACUCACCUUCCGGGAUAUGUUCAAAAUGCUGAUAAAUUAAAGUCAGAUGGUGUUGCUGAGAUUGUAUGCGUGUCUGUUAACGACCCCUACGUGAUGGCUGCGUGGGGCACACAGCAUAACACUAAAGGAAAGGUUCGUAUGCUCGCCGAUCCCAGUGGAAACUUCAUCAAAGCCCUCGAUUUAGGCACGAAUCUGCCUCCCUUAGGCGGCUUCCGCUCCAAACGUUUCUCAAUGGUCAUCAACGACAGCAAGGUGGAAGAACUGAACGUGGAACCUGACGGCACUGGCCUGUCGUGCUCCCUAGCAGAUAAAAUCAAGAUCAAGAAGUAAAUCUCAGUAAUUUAAGAUGUAUAAUUUAUUUGUGAAAAUGUUUCGCUUUACUCAGAUCAUAGACUGUUGAAGCACACCUUGUGAUAUGACGAAUCAAUUUAUAUUAGAAUAUUAUUGGACAUC